AUGUGGGUCAUAGAUAGGGUUCUAGGGCAGCUUGGCCCAGGCUUGACCAUAUUAUGCACGUAUAUUGUUCAUGCAAAUAUUCGCUUCACGAAAUCCUUCGGCGCCGCGGAAGAUGUCUCUCCAUCCAUGUGUUUCCAAACAUCCAACACAGUCGAAUCUCUUGCGACAUGUUUUGAUAAAUUUACUGUUCCAUGGGCUUAUUACGACCUCCCGACAUACAACCUCGCGCAGCCGUCAGACCGCCAGCGCCAGGAUUGGAGAAAAGCCGUCUAUGCGCUACUCAGUGUGGAUGGAAACUGCUCAGACCUUCGAGUUCUCCUUCCAGAGUCGAUCCAAUCCUUCUAUACAAUGGCGUCUUUCCAAGACUUCUGCGUUCUGUACGAGAAGAUUGCACCUGGUGGCGUCUACUCCAAGGGAUGGGGUUUCAUGAUUGUUCCCGCCACCCAAGCGGGAGUAUCGCGAGCCGUUCAUUUCUCAGCACCACAUCCGCAGUACGACUUGGGCACGGUCGAACAGGCUGCAUCGUUAUUCAGGUCAACAGGUUCAAGGAGUCUUCUCGUAGCCGGACGGACACGGACGGCUUUCUUGGACCCAUCGGAUUGCACAGCGCCUACAUCUGGCUCGCAGGUGUAUUACAAGACAGAUCCUGCGCACAACAAUUUGGAGCCAUUCUUCGACGCCAGCAUUGUCAUCUAUGACUGGCAGCGCAUACACGGCGGCUGCCCAUCAUCCUCGUGCGCCUUCAUCCAGAUGCACGGUAAAGGUACCUCAACAUGCUCAAAUGACACGGUAUUUCUGUCGUCCGGUCUUGGAAACUCGUAUGCCUCGUGGUAUACAGAUAGCACGGAUCGACCUAUCAAACGACUACAGCAUAAUUUACGACUGGCCUUCCCUUUGUGGAAUGUUUCUCUCCCUUCGGAAAGCGAUUGCCUGCUGACGGCCACGAGAAAUGUUGUUGGAAGACGUAUCAAUGGAAUCAACCCUCAACAUGUGUGCAGUGUGGCCGCGGACAGCGAUGGCGCAACAGGGGAAUGGGUCCACAUCGAGCAGGCAACGAUAGCUCGGAUAGGCGACAGCUUUGAAGGAUGGUCGCAGGCUAUCACACACAGCUUCCCCUCGCAUCCCUCGCAUGCCGCUCUCCAACCAAUCACUCUGCCUUCUAUCAUACAGGAAAACAAGCACUUAGUCCUACGACCGUAG